AUGUCCGAACUUGCACGCACGUUGCCAGCUUCCUGGUACUGCAGCCUUCCGCUCUACCAACUUGAGCGAAGGGCUUCCUGGUAUCUCCUUGGACCUGUGACGAAGUUUCAGAACAUCGGGGAAAAGAUCGAGUAUGAGAUUGCACAACAGCCUAUAUUGGCUUUCAGAGUCUCUGGCAGUUCUCCUUUACCCGAAACAGGCGAGUUCCAGGUGGUUUGUGCGAAAACAGAGAACCCGCUGCGGUAUCAUAUCACUCCAACAGGCCUCAUCUUCACGACCAUCUCAGAUGAAGCACCUAGCUUUCAUGAUUAUUUUCCGGACCUGGAGCCACUGUUGCGGCGAGUAGAUUUUACCAGACUACCCUACAGGCACAGUAUUAAAUACGAAGGCCGAUUCAACUGGAAGACCAUGGUCGAUGGGUAUCAAGAAUGCCUUCACUGCCAAUACACUCAUCCAUCGUUCUCCGUUUACUACCCGCCGACCUUCUACACCGUUCACAAUCACCAGAACUUUUCGCAACACAUUGCUGAUCCCAACAAACCAGACGAUGGACUGUUUCUCUAUUUCUUCCCGAACUGUACAUUGAAUGUGUACGGUGGCGGGAUGUCUUCGUUCCGGGUUUGCCCAACAGAAGACCCAAAUAUCACCCGAAUGGAAUUCGACUACUACCACAUGGAAUCCGGCGAGAAGUUCGAAGAAUAUUUCAAGUUCGUCCGGCAGGUGGCUAUGGAGGACUAUGAGCUCUGCGAGAAAGCCCAGGAUAAUCUUGGGAGAGGGGUGUAUAGUGAAGGGAUUCUGAAUCCGGAGAAAGAGAAUGGAGUUUCCUUCUACCAGGACCGAGUAUUUGAGUUGGUGUGCCAGCAACAUGCUGCAGAUCAGUUAGUGGAGGAGAGUGUCACUCCUGUGACACAAGAACAAGAUAAGGGACUUGACCAAAUUACGGCCGCCGCAUAA